UGAGAGAGAGAGAGAGAGAGAGAGAGAGAGAGAGAGAGAGAUAGGAAUCUUUGAGCGAUUCGUCUUCCUCCUCUAUCGCCUCUACUCUUUUAUACCGGAACUUCUCUGUGAUCUCACCGGAAUAUUCAUAUUUCCCCCACCCCCACCACCCACCUCUCUCCUUUUUUAUUCUCCGUCAUCCUCACCCUCCCCUCUUCGUCGAUCAUCUCACUCUCGAUCACCUCCUUGUGCGCAACGAUUUACAUCGAUAAUUCCGUUGUGGUUUCUUCCAGAAUUGUUUUGAUCGAUGGAUGAUUAUUAUAGCGCGGAGGAAGAGGAUUGCUAUUACUCAUCCGAUCAGGAGUCUUUGGAUGGGAUUGAUAAUGAAGAGUCUGAUUUGCAGCCUGUCUCCUCCAAAAGAUCCAAUACUCAGGUCAUCACUCAGGAAUCGCUACUAGCAGCACAGAGAGAAGAUUUGCUAAGGGUGAUGGAUUUGUUGUCGAUUAAGGAGCACCAUGCGCGGACUCUUCUUAUUCAUUACCAGUGGGAUGUUGAGAAGUUGUUUGCUGUGUUUGUUGAGAAAGGAAAAGAUAGCUUGUUUUCUGGUGCUGGUGUUACCGUGUUCGACUGUCAAUAUGACAACUCUUCCUUUCCUCACUCUUCACAGAUGAGCUGUGAUGUCUGCAUUGAGGAUGUACCUGGUGAUCAGAUGACGAGAAUGGACUGUGGCCAUUGCUAUUGCAAUGAUUGUUGGACGGAGCAUUUUACUGUGCAGAUAAAUGAAGGUCAGAGCAAAAGGAUUAGAUGCAUGGCUCACCAAUGCAAUGCUAUUUGUGAUGAAGAUAUUGUCAGGAAUCUAGUCAGUAAAAGGCGUCCAGAUCUAGCUGAGAAGUUUGAUCGCUUCCUUCUUGAGUCAUACAUUGAAGACAACAAAAUGGUCAAGUGGUGUCCGAGCACUCCUCAUUGUGGGAAUGCAAUACGAGCUGAGGAUGACAAGUUGUGUGAAGUUGAAUGCUCCUGUGGUCUUCAGUUCUGUUUCAGUUGUCUGUGUCAAGCCCACUCCCCUUGCUCUUGUUUGAUGUGGGAGCUUUGGAGAAAGAAGUGUCGAGAUGAGUCUGAGACGAUUAAUUGGAUAACCGUCCACACAAAGCUGUGUCCCAAAUGUUACAAACCUGUGGAAAAGAAUGGUGGAUGCAAUCUCGUAAGAUGUAUAUGUGGGCAGUGUUUUUGUUGGCUAUGUGGUGGAGCUACUGGAAGUGAUCACACAUAUAGGAGUAUCGCUGGUCACAGUUGUGGUCGGUACCAAGAUGACAAAGAGAAACAGAUGGAAAGAGCCAAGAGAGAUUUAGACAGGUAUACGCAUUACCAUCACCGGUACAAAGCACAUACAGACUCAUCAAAGCUAGAAGAUAAGCUUAGGGAUACUAUCCUUGAGAAAGUGACAAAAUCAGAGAAGAGGGAGCUGAAGCUUAAAGACUUCAGCUGGGUCACCAAUGGAGUUGACCGGUUAUUCAGAUCAAGACGGGUCCUUUCAUAUUCGUAUGCUUUUGCAUAUUACAUGUUUGGUGAAGAGCUGUUCAAAGAUGAGAUGACCCCUGAGGAGAGAGAGAUAAAGAAGAAUUUGUUUGAGGAUCAGCAGCAACAACUUGAGAGUAAUGUGGAGAAACUUUCCCAGUUCCUUGAGGAGCCCUUUGAUGAAUUUAGUGAUGACAAAGUCAUGGCGAUAAGGAUUCAAAUCAUCAAUUUGUCUGUUGCAGUUGAUACCCUCUGCAAGAAAAUGUAUGAGUGCAUUGAAAAUGACUUGCUCGGAUCUCUCCAACUUGGCAUCCACAACAUUGCUCCUUACAGAUCAAAGGGAAUAGAACAAGCAACUGAGUUUUAUGCUUCGUGGAAUUCCAGCGGUGCUGACAAAGUGCAACCUUUCGAUAGUGGUACAAGCGGAGUGACAACGAGGCCUGAGCAAGCUUCAGGAUCAAGGAGCUCGGAGGACACUAUUUGCUCUUCUUCACAGAAACGUCCCAAAAAAGAAGGAAGUUUCAUAAACAACAAAGUCACUUUGUUGGAUUUGAACUUGCCAGCUGAUUUCAUCGACCAAAAUUGAACUAGUCAAAUCCUCACUUGCUUUGUCCAAAAGAUAUGACAAUAGCAAAAGGUGUUAGGCUAUAUCUCCUUGAAGAUUCGUGACUGACUGGUUAACCUGUCUUCCUUAUA